AUGGCGUGGCAUAAACUGCCCGCAGAGAUUCGGUUGAUGAUUUGGAAACUUGUCGCGAAGUCACACAAAGCAGAGUUUUGCCAGAAAGAGAGGUAUGCCCUCGUUGUCUAUGCGAGCGUUUGCCAAGAGUGGCAAUGGUUUUUCGAACCCAUCAUCUUCAGAAGCGUUGUCGUCGACCAGGAUCGCAUCUCAGAGUUUGACAAAUCUAUAAACGUCUGCCAGACGGAGGAGGACUUGGAGUCGCGAAAGCAAAACAAUCUCACUUUCACCAGGACUGUCAAGGACCUGCUUUCUGUCCUCUCUGAGUGGCCUUGGAGGAGAACCAAACCAGAUACGACAAUGGUGAUGAUGGGAGGGCUUUCCCUGGAAAUUAGCACCUUCUCCCCAAGCGAUUACCAGCACGGCUUCAGGGACUUUAGGCUCCAGGACGACUAUCCGAUCUCCUUUAAUUUCGAUGCGUGGUCAGACAGAUACAUGGACUGGCCUGCAGAGAGGGAGCGAGCCGAACAGAUGAAGCUGGAGCAACACCACGACCCAGUUCAUGGAGGGAGAAAGGGUGAGAAUGAUGCGAGUGGCAAAGACUCUCAGCUCCCCAAGGUAGUCGCCAUCACAGCCUUUACUGCUAGAAGGCAGUCGUACCGGGGCAUCAACACCCCGUCGCUCGAGAAGAUUCUCAGGGCAUUUCCCUACCUCAACUACUUUAUACACGAGCCGUGGCAUAAUGUCACCCCCGAGCGGCAGCAGCUUUUCGAGUCGGAGCAUCUCAAACUGAUAAAGGCCCUCCCCAAGACCAACCGCAAGCUCCGAAACCUCAACCUAUUCCAAAACUCUUCCAAGACGUUGAACCCUGAGAUGCCCACAGACGGACGCGGGUGGCACCGGGGAGCAAAAACGAGACGCCCCCUUGGCCGGGCCCUGGCUAAAACCACGCGGCUGUUGGAAACGGAAUUCGUGUCUGCCGCGUUCCUGAUUAAUGCCUUUAACUUCUUCCACGAGUUCAGAGCCGCCCUCCCGCCGCAGCCCGGCGGCCACGAUCCCCGAGUCUGGGGCAACCUCAAAGAGCUGCAUCUGAUAUCGGCCCGUCUCAACCCCCAUGUCGCAUCGUGGAAGCGGCAGGACGUCCUCUGUAGGGCAGGCCGCGCGGCCGCGCUGAUGCCGAGUCUCGACAACAUGAUCCUCUGGAACGGCGGUGAGGGAUUCUCUUACGUCAUGUGCUACAUCCGCUGUUCCAUCAAUAAAGAGCCGGGACUAGCAUUGGGGUCUACUAUGGAUGACGCAGUACAAUCGGAUUUCCCGCCCCAGGUGCUGGCGACCUGGCGGUUGGUCCCGCUGAGCGCGCGGGAUCCGCCUCACGGCAAUCUGGCUAUCAAAAUUGAUAAGACCGAGUGGACGUUUGGCCUUGGCAGCUGCGCGGCGGCGCGUGAGGCUCUCGCCUUGUUUCCGGAGCCUCCGCACAUAUCAUACUCGCUGCCCCGGCGUCAACGACGGCCGCUGGCGCCAUAUACGCUAGCAUAA